AUGCUUCGCCGUCAAGCCCGCGAGCGUCGAGACUAUCUCUAUCGGAGAGCUCUGCUUCUCCGCGAUGCCUCCAUCGCCGAAAAAAGAGCUCAACUCAAGGCUUCUUUGGCCACCGGAAAGACUCUUGACCCCUCAAUAGCGAAUGACAAAGCGCUCCGUGAAGACUUCAAAUAUGAUGAAUCAUUACCGACGGCCGACAAGCAGAACAAAGAUACCGACUAUGCUGACCUCGAUGAUGAAUAUGCUCUCACCUCUGGUAUCAUUGACCCUCGUCCGAUUGUCACCACCUCCCGGUCACCCUCCGUCCGCCUAGGCACAUUUGCGAAGGAAAUCCGAUUGCUCCUACCCACCUCAAUCCGCCUGAAUCGUGGUAAUCUUGUCCUUCCCGAUCUCGUGGCGAGCGCAAAUGCCGCCGCGCUGACAGACAUGGUUCUCUUACACGAACACCGUGGAACGCCCACCGCGAUGACCGUCUCUCAUCUUCCUCAUGGCCCGACAGCCAGUUUCUCGUUGCACAACGUCGUUCUCCGUGCGGAUAUUCCCAAUGCGGCCCGUGGGACUGUCUCGGAGAGCUACCCUCACCUGAUCUUUGAGGGUUUUAAAACGAAGCUCGGUCUUCGUGUGGUUCAGAUUCUGAAGCAUCUGUUCCCACCUCGUGAGGCUGGUAAGGUCGGCAAUCGUGUUGUGAGCUUCGUGAAUAAGGAGGAUAAUAUUGAGGUUCGGCACCAUGUCUUCGUUAAGACUGGGUACCGGGAUGUCGAGUUGGCUGAGGUUGGCCCGCGGAUGACAAUGAGGCUUUUCGAAAUCCGUGGCGGCUCGCUGGAGAAGGGCUCGAGUGGUGAUGUUGAAUGGGCUCUCACGCAGUACACAAGAACGAGCAAGAAGAAGGACUAUCUGUGA